CCAAUAGUAACAUGCCACUGGUAAAUAGAAAGUAAAUCGGCAACUACUCUCUUGUUCUCAUCCUUUGAAUUAAUUUGAACUAAGAACAACAAGGUUCAUCUGGUCGAAAGUAGCGUGUGGGGUCCUCGAAGCAAAGGAGCUCAAGCUACUCCAGAAAAUGCUUGCCCCACAUACGGCAGCUCGAGAUAGCAUCCAUUCUUCAUUUUUCGAUGCAUCGAACUUUUCGGAUCCGAUCACGACGUGCAACGACGACAGCAGCUCUCUAAUGACACCAUGAAAGCUGCGAGAUCAUCUUUCACAUGUCUGCAGUGCCGGCUGGCUCGGCCGAAAGCGACAAGACUGACACCGCUUCCCCGCUCAACCACCCGACUCUACUCCGACCCCAGCUCUACCCCCAGCGACGAAGCUAGUCAGAAACAACUACACCAACGGCCGACCAUAGCGCCACGGGCGAACAUUGAUAUCAAGCACAUCCGCCAGAAUCCCGAGCUGUACGAGAAGAAUUGUCUCGAGCGCAACUACAAGAUCCAAGCCACCUACCCCUCGCGCAUCAAUGCGCUUUUCAACCAAUGGCAAGCCCGCCAGAAAGAUGGCCGUAGCUUGCGCGAGCGCGGCAACGCCCUGCGCCGACAGAUCGCCAACCCGGCCACCAUACAGCACGAGGACGAGGCAGAUAAUGGCGGCGCCGUAGGAUCAAAUCGAGGCGGAUCGCAAGAAUCACAUCUGCUUGGUGAAGGACCUAGGAGAGAUGUGAGGACAAUGACGAAAGACGAGCUCUUGGAGGAGGCCCGCCUCGUCAAACAAGGCCUGUCAGCCAUAGAAGAGGACGAAGCCCGCCUGACAUCCGAGAUGUCAGACCUUGCCCUCGCUAUUCCGAAUCUGACUUCUGAAGGCACGCCGCGGGGCGAGGAGCCAGAAGUACUCAGCUACAUCAACGAGCCUCACCCCUUUCAGUCCGCCUCCCCAUCAUCAGACCGCAUCUGGCACUCACACGUACAUAUCGGCUCCGAGCUCGGCAUCCUCGACUUCGCGGGCGCAGCGACAACGUCCGGAUGGGGAUGGUACUACCUUCUUGACGAAGGCGCCCAGCUAGAGCAGGCCUUAAUCUCCUACGCACUCGCGAGCAUGACGCGGAUACCAGGCUGGCGACAAGUGGCGCCCCCGAGCAUCGUAUACAGCCACAUCGCCGCGGCCUGCGGUUUCCAGCCGCGCGACCAGAACGGGGAGACACAAGUCUACGCACUAGCACAGUCCGCCUCGGACGUAGCCCGCGGCAAGCCGGAGCUCAGCCUCGCCGGCACAGCCGAGAUCCCGCUCGCAGGCAUGCGCGCCGACAGCGUCUUCGAAGCCGCUGAGCUCCCGUCGAAACGCGUAGGCGUAUCCCGCUGCUACCGCGCCGAGGCCGGUGCCCGCGGCGCCGACACGAAAGGCCUGUACCGCGUGCACGAGUUCACAAAAGUCGAGCUCUUCGCCUGGACGGCGCCCACGGAGGCAGCCACGCAAGACGUCUUCGACGAAAUGGUCGACGCGCAGACCGAGAUCCUCGCCUCGCUAGGCCUACACUGCCGCGUGCUCGAAAUGCCCACGGCCGACCUCGGCGCCUCGGCGACGCGCAAGAUCGACAUCGAGGCGUUCUUCCCGUCGCGCGCGGCGCAGGGCCUGAACGACGGCUGGGGCGAGGUCACGAGCGCCAGCGUCUGCACGGACUACCAGACCCGCCGGCUCGCGACGCGGCUGCGCAGCGCAGGUUCGGGAUCCGGGGGCAAAUUGGCGUAUCCGUAUACCGUCAACGGCACCGCGCUGGCGGUCCCCCGCGUUCUCGCCGCGAUUCUCGAGAAUGGCUGGGACGAGGCGCAGAUGGCCGUUACCAUCCCCGAGUGCUUGCGGCCGUGGAUGGACGGCAAGGAGAAGAUCGAGAUGAAGACGCCGAGAUUGAGUUAGAUGGGUUGAAAAGCUUAUGUGCUCUAUUCUAUUCUUGCCGGGCGAUGGAUAGGUACACACACGGAGGAUGAAAAGUGUGAUUCGUGUAAGAGUAUCGUGUGGACGGAGGGAGGAUCAUGCAUAGCUAGGUAGGUUGCCUGGCGAUGGGAUACUAAGGUGGGGGAAGGACGGGAGUAUACUACUCUGCAUUGCCGAAUUGCUUCAGUCAGUCGACGAAGGAGCUAACCUACGAGCUUGUAUUAUAGUCUGUAUCUGUAUAUAAACUACUCUACAUACCUACCUACCUACCUCAUCAAUCAACCAACCAAUCAAUCAAUCAAUAAUCUCAUAAUCACAAAAGCAUCAAGACAUCACAACCACAACUUCAAACC